AUGUGCUUCGUAGUACUCAUUUCAUCGUACAUCAGUGCGCGAGGGUUCACCGUGACAUCAACACAGCCUACCUCCACCGCGUCCAAAGCCCCCGCGUCCACCGCUGCCAAAGGCGUCAAAUCCGAAGAAAAGACUACCAAGUCCGCCAGCAAGGCCAAAGCACCGACCGCAAAGAAAACCGCGACGAAAUCUAAGGCCAGCGCGGGCGACUCGGACGGUACGAAGAAGAAGCGCAAGAAGGCGCGCAAGGAGACGUACAGCACUUAUAUCUACAGAGUGUUGAAGCAGGUGCACCCGGAUACGGGAGUGUCGAACAGGGCGAUGGCGGUUCUGAACAGUUUUGUUGCGGAUAUAUUCGAGCGUAUCGCUGUGGAGGCAUCCAAGCUUUCCAAGAUCAACAAGAAGUCGACCAUCUCGUCGCGCGAGAUCCAGACGGCUGUUCGUCUGAUCUUGCCUGGUGAGCUGUCCAAGCAUGCCAUUUCCGAAGGCACCAAGUCCGUCACCAGUGAGUGCAUCCGUUUUUUUUGCUCGUCAUGA